AAGAUCAGAUUUGAAGAGAGAGCCACCGAUAAUGUGUAAUAUGAGGACUGACACGUAGCGGACUAAAACUGUAAAAAAGGACGAUUGGUGUUAACAUUUGGAUGGCGGAAAUAUCCCAGAACGAAAAGCGAAAUUCAUAAAUAAUUCACAGACCAUGAACUAUGUGGGUCAGCUGGCGGGUCAGGUGUUCGUGCAAGUCAAGGAGCUCUACAGGGGACUCAACCCUGCAACACUGUCUGGAUGUAUAGACGUCAUCGUGGUGAGACAGCCUGAUGGCUCCCUGCAGUGCUCCCCUUUCCACGUCCGCUUCGGCAAGAUGGGUGUGCUGCGGUCUCGUGAGAAAGUGGUGGACAUAGAGAUUAAUGGAGAGCCGGUGAGUUUGCACAUGAAGCUGGGGGAGAAUGGCGAGGCCUUCUUCGUCAAAGAAACCGAGAACACUCUGGAAGUAGUUCCGGCAUACCUCGCCACCUCACCCAUCAUGUCAGUGGGCGAGCAGUUAAUGGAGUCCCAGCUGGGCCGGGGCAGUGCGCGUCACCACGACACAAUCCCAUGCAGCUCACUCCCAGUUCAAAACUUGGGACCACAGCAAAGUGACAGCGGGGUGAACAAGAAGAGGAGAAAGAGGAGGAGGAAGGCCCGACCAGAUGCAGGUGGAGGAGUGGUGAGGAGAGAGGAGAGCGGAGAAGAGUUUUCGGAUGAAGAGGACAUGUUUACCAUUGACCUGAGCUCAGAUGAGGAGAGAGACGGGGAAAGCAGCAGACCUGUGUAUGGGGAUCAAGGGUCUACACACACACGCCCCAGCACUGAUUGGAUCCGCUCACAGAGUAAAGGUAUUCAGGAGACUCUCUCCAUCCCUCCAAUGUGUGGUCUGUCCAUCUCUUGUCCUCAGCAGACCUCUCACUUCCCUUCCUCUAUUAGUAGUCCUGAUGAUUCUCGGUCAUCAACACCAAAAAGCGACUCAGAGUUAAACAAUCAGAACAAAGACAACCCUGAGAUGCUGUGGACCUGGGGGGAGCUGCCACAGGCUGCACAGCCAUCCUUCCUUACUUCCCACCAGAAGCAGGAUCCAGCCUCAGCAGUCUCCAUCCCAGUGUCUACCAGCACUCACUUCAGAGCCAUCAAUGACACUGAACCCCCCUCCCUUACUCUCUAUGCUCCCCAGCCAGGAGAGACUCAGAAUGGAGACAAGGACACUAAGACUGGGCACAGGGUUGGAGGAGGGCAAGAGAGAGCAGUGGAUAGUGUUGGGCCACUGUGUGCAGAGAUGGAAAGUAUAACAGCUGGCUCAGCAUCUCCAAGGAUGCUCCUCGAUCACCUUGACGAAGGUAGAAACAGAGGAAGCCCCAUCAGAGGAACAGAUUCACCAUCCAAGAGGAAAGAAAAGAGAAGCCAACACCUGGGUGAAGAUGGCAUGUACCUUGAUGACAUUACAGAGCUGGAGCCUGACGUUGCCGCUCUGUACUUCCCUAAAAGUGAUGGAGGCAGCAACUCUAUGAAAUUGGACUCAGAGAUGAUGAUGAUGGCAGUGCGCAGUGCUAACCAGUCCCCACAGUCAGUGGGAAGCAGUGGGAUGGACAGCGGUGUCGACAGUUUGUCAGACCAGAUGGGGGACCUGCCUCAUGUUGCCAUCUCUUUGUGUGGAGGACUCACAGACAACAUAGAGAUCACAAGAGACCAGUUCCAGGAGAGGGCAAUUUCUUACCAGCAGUUUUCUGAAAACCCUUCUUUAAUCGAUGAUCCUAACCUGGUGGUCAAGAUAGGAAACAAGUACUACAACUGGAACACAGCAGCUCCUGUCAUGUUGGCCAUGCAGGUCUAUCAGAAACCACUGCCGCAGGCCUCAGUGGAGAGCAUCAUGAAGGACAAGAUGCCAAAAAAAGGAGGACGCUGGUGGUUUUCAUGGAGGAGCAGGAACAGUGACUCCAAAUCCGAAUCAGUGAUGGAGGCAGGGGGAGACCAAGGAGAGAGCUCACUCACAAUGCCCUCAGUGAACAGAGUGAAGGAUGAGUCAUCCUCCAGUGAUGAAGAACACAGAUUGUCCAAUCAGGCAUCAGGGUCCUGCCUGUCUGAUCCCCUCAUGAGUUCAGCCAGUAUUUGCUAUAAGAAGACUCUACGGCUCACCUCAGAGCAGCUGGCUAGCUUGCAGCUAAAGGAGGGUCCUAAUGAGGUCGUGUUCAGUGUGACCACUCAGUAUCAGGGCACCUGCCGCUGCCAUGGCACUAUCUAUCUCUGGAACUGGGAUGACAAGAUAGUCAUCUCAGAUAUCGAUGGGACAAUCACAAGGUCAGACACACUGGGUCACAUCCUCCCCACACUGGGUAAAGACUGGACACACCAGGGAAUCGCACGUCUCUACCACAAAGUCAGCCAGAAUGGAUAUAAAUUCAUGUACUGUUCAGCGAGGGCUAUUGGCAUGGCUGAUAUGACACGAGGCUACUUGCACUGGGUCAAUGAGAGGGGAACCAUGCUGCCAUUGGGCCCAGUGCUACUCAGUCCCAGCAGCCUUUUCUCUGCCUUGCACAGGGAGGUGAUUGAGAAAAAACCAGAGAAGUUUAAGAUCGAGUGUCUCAAUGACAUAAAGCACCUUUUCUACCCUAACACUGAACCUUUCUAUGCUGCUUUCGGCAACAGAGCUACGGAUGUGUAUUCCUACAAAGAAGUGGGAGUUCCUUUGAACAGGAUUUUCACUGUAAAUCCUAAGGGGGAGCUGGUUCAGGAGCACGCCAAAACCAGCAUCUCUUCGUUCGGUGGUCUGUGUGAAGUGGUUGAUCAUGUUUUCCCCAUCUUGGGUCAAGAUGAUGGAGCAGGCUUCCCCCGUGAUGACACCUUUGGCCAGUGCAACUAUUGGAACGAACAAGUUUCUGAUGGCACCAACCAGGAAGAAGACCUACCACAGCCCCUUGAAACAAGCUGAGGAAACCCAGAUAAAUCCAGCACUGAGGAUGCAGCUUUUCUCCACAUUGCAGUCAGUGGUAUUCUGAUUACAGUGUAAAGCUGGCUGCUGUGAUAAGGAUUAAGUAUGCUGAUUAUUAUAUGAUCAAAGACUAACCUGAGAAUUCAGCCAAAAAGCUUACACUGAGCUAUCAGGAAGGAUGCCACUUAUAAUACGUUACUGAGAUUACUUAUUCAAAGUAUAUGAAUGUCUUUCACAGUCCUCCAAUAACAGUGUCAAUACAAACUGCUGGGUCCUUUGCAAAUAGGACCCAGAAUCUCAGAUACAUUUCAGCAGCUACUUUGGAGUGAGGCCAACUAAUGGUUCUUCCUGAGGUCAACACAGGGACUCACAUAUAACACAUAUAUAAGUGCACUGAUUCACAUAAACAUAUACAGAAUCAUUCACACAAAUAUACCACAAAUAAACCCAUACACAGUACACCCCCUCAGUAUGAUGCCUGUCACUGCACGUUUUAUAAGCCAACUAAGAGCUAACUACAUUCAAUUAUCUAUGUUUUUUCUGGUGGAUUGUAAAACUGGCAUACACCACUAUAAUUUUGACAUGUUGGAAUAGUGGUUUAGACACACUAUAACUUUUUAGAGUGUUAUAUCAGACGUGAUAUAAUAGAAAAAUGUACUAAAGCUGAGGGAAGCAUCCAUGGAAAUCUACCAAAACAUCAAAUCUUACCAUAUAAUGAAACAUAAAAUGCUUCACAGAAAUUCUCAACCCACCAGUUUAACUACACAACUGGCUUCAAUGACUGACAUGAAAGUCAUUGAAAUGCACAAGAACUAAUCAAAUCGCAUAUAAAACUGUUGUCUCAUUACUCAUUUGUAAUAUUUUUCAAGAGCUGUUUUUCCCCAGUUACACUUACAAGCAAUAUUUUCACUGAAAAGUAGGGAGUAGGGACUUGCUUCAAGUUUUCUUUACUUAAACGUUACUUUACUGACCUCAGGUGUGACAGCACAACACUUUGCAACACAAACAGCACUUCACUUUACAGUUACAUCAUUCAGAUCAUGCAAAAAUAGCACAGAAAGUGUAACCAGUCACCUCCUGUGCAACGUGUGUGGUCCACUGACCGACAGACUGUGAAAAAUGUGACUAUGGCACAUUUUCUUACCAGGGUACAGUGACAAUACUCAAGAUAAAUGCAGUGCAAUGCAAAUAACGUCAGUCUGUUUUUAUAUUUUAACUCCAAUGACAUGCUAGAAUAUAAUGUAUGAAUCACUCAUGUGUAUGUUAUUCUAAUGACUAAUGCUCAUCAAUGCAAAUACUGUACAGCCCUUAUAGGACAUACAGUCAAUUAUUUUUAGUUUUGUAAUGUUAUUACUGUACAGAUCAAAAUACUUUUACAGCACUUAUCUGUUUUGUAGUGAGAUUUAAAAAGAGUCCAUUCAGAUGCUAAACAAAUUCUCUACUCAAACACAGCUACUUUUUGGUUGUUGUUCUGCAUAUAUCUUUUUAAAUCUUUCAUCAAAUCCUAAUUUUUCUUCUCACUGAUCAUUUGAAUCUACUGUACUUCAUUUCUAUGACAUGGAAAUCAGUUUAUUUUAACCACAUGUAUAACUUUAAAUGGGAAAACCACUGUAAAUAAUAAUUAACAUACAUUUUUAGAAAAUAUUAAGUAAACUAUAAAAAAAUUAAAAAAAAGUAUGGAUAUUUAAAAUACUUUGUUAGUGGUGCUCAUUCAAAUGCACUUGCAGCCAUACAAUGCUUUUCUACCAGCUGCCUCUGGUCGUACUCAGAGGUGGAAGUUUCACAACAAAGUGACCACUAAAGCAAGAGGUCAGCUUGCAGUGUAUUAGACAAACCAGUGGGUUGAUUUAUUUUUAACUCUUGCAUUGUGUUUUAUUCUUUCUCAACAAAAUGUUUGAUGAUACCUAUACCUCUUGCAACAAACAGAGGAAUACUACCACCUCACAUAAAACCUCCUCUGUUCAUGUUAUUGCAAAAAUGUUUCGUUCUAAGCAACUUUGAAUGCAAAACUGUUUCAAGAAAUGGUAAAAAAAAAAAAAAAAAGUUCUCAAAGUAAAUCAUCUGAUUUUAGUUCAAGUGUAUGAGGAUCUUUGUACUCUGCAUUUAAUGUAUCCCAUAUCUAAAAAAAAAAAGGUUGAAAAAAAGCAGAGUACUGUCAAUGAGCCCUCGGUUGUUUGUGACUGAGUCUUAUCUGAUGUUAUAUACUCUGUGUGUAUAUGUUUGAGUCUGUACUGUGAAUGACUUUGUCUAAAGGAAAAACUAAUCAGGAAUUAACCUUGAGUUAGAUCUAAAGAUAUUGAUAACAUGCCUGUAGUCCAGAGUGGUUUGUGAGGGAGAAAAAUGCAAAGGACGCAUGCUGUUGUAAAGUGAGGAUGCAUAUUUACAUGGAUGUUAUGAUCACUGUCGAAUAACUAGAUCUUUUGCCUCAUGUACCUCGGUUUAACAAAAGAGAAAAGGUGAUUGCGUAUUUUGGCUUACAAAUCUCACAAUGCUAAAAAAAGUUCCCUGCAAUUAGGGUAUCAAUCUGAAACUAUGACUAUAAGGCUUGGCAUCAUUUAUUGGUGUUUUUAGUAUAUGGGACUUGUAGACAUGUUGUAAUAAUUCAGGCUCUAAGUACAAUCUGAUCAGUUUUGAGAUCAGAUUUUUCUCAACAUCAUGUGAAAAAAGUAAAACAAUGUCAAAAGUGUAAGUUCUUUUGAAAUAAGUCAAAAAGAGAAAAUGCUUUCCUCUUUUAAUGGAACCAUGCGCGUCCCUAUCGUUUAAUGUGAAUCAUCUUUUAGAUGUUUAGCAUCAAAUUCUUUCUAUGAAAGAUUUAUUUAAGCUCUGGAUCAGUUAUCCAGUCCUUCUCUGUGUUGACAUGGAUAUUGUUCUAGUUUGCCAUCCCAUGUAAAACAGCAGCCUAUGAUGCAGUGUGCAGUGCAAGCUAUAAUGAACAGCGUCUGUACAAUGGACACAUUUUUCAAUAAACUCAAAGGUGAUUGCUUCUUGA